GGGGCAAGAAAGCAAAACCAACCAGACGAAGGAAAAAAAAAACCUACGACGAGCAUCCACUCUGCGAUAACUUCAAUCUUCAACUACACCAAACCUCCAAAAUUAUAGACUCUACGACUUGCACGACCCAGAACACUUCAGCAAUCAUGGCCGUCCGCGCUCAAUUUGAGAACUCCAACGAGGUCGGUGUCUUUUCCACCUUGACCAACUCUUACGCCCUCGUGGCUCUCGGUGCCAGUGAGAACUUCUACAGUGUCUUUGAAGCCGAACUCCAAGAUAUCAUUCCUACUGUGCGAACCACAAUCGCUGGUACCCGUAUCAUUGGCCGUAUGACCGCUGGCAACCGUAAGGGUCUUCUCGUUCCCACAACCACAACCGACCAGGAGCUGCAGCACUUGAGAAAUUCGCUUCCCGAUUCAGUCCGUAUCCAGCGUAUCGAGGAGCGCUUGUCAGCUCUCGGAAACGUCAUCGUCACAAACGAUCACAUCGCUCUCGUGCACCCUGAUUUGGAACGUGAAACAGAAGAGAUUAUUGCAGAUGUCCUCGGCGUGGAAGUGUUCCGUCAGACUGUCGCAGACAAUGUCCUGGUGGGCAGCUACAUGAGCUUGUCUAACCAGGGUGGUCUCGUGCAUCCCAAGACUCCUAUCCAAGAUCAGGACGAAUUGUCCAGCUUGCUUCAGGUUCCUCUCGUCGCCGGUAGUGUCAACCGUGGUUCUAACGUUGUUGGCGCUGGAAUGGUCGUCAACGACUGGCUCGCCGUGACUGGUCUCGACACAACUGCCACUGAGCUCAGCGUUAUCGAGAGUGUGUUCCGUCUCGGCGAGGGCCAGGGCCCCAGCAACAUCAACACGAGCAUGAAGGACACCAUGGUCGAGUCUUUCUACUAAGCUCGGCUUGAUUUAUGGUUCUGUUUCUCACAUUCAUACAUACACACAUAUUGCUUAUGGGGCUUUGCUGUUACGUUACUCGUCCGGUAAUUGAUUGGACGAGUGAUAACCAUCGUCGCGACAAGACGAAC